CCAAGCCAGCUGAUCCAGCCGUGCCCCUCUCCCCAGUCUCCGGGGGCCGGCGGUGCCGGGGCCAUGGAGGACUCCCCACCGCUGGCAGCGGAGCUGGAGCACCUCAACGCCUCCCUGAACGAGUCCUGGGCCAACCCGUUCGUGCAGCCGCCGUGGCAGGUGGCCCUGUGGGCCGUGGCCUACGCGCUGAUCGUGGUGGUGGCCGUGGUGGGCAACGCCGUGGUCAUGUGGAUCAUCCUGGCGCACAAGAGGAUGCGCACGGUCACCAACUACCUGCUGGUGAACCUGGCCUUCGCCGAGGCCGCCAUGGCCGCGCUCAACACCGUGGUGAACUUCAGCUACGCCGUGCACAACGAGUGGUACUUCGGCCCCGCCUACUGCCGCUUCCACAACUUCUUCCCCAUCGCCGCCGUCUUCGCCAGCAUCUACUCCAUGACGGCCAUCGCGCUGGACAGGUCAGCUGUGGGGUCACUGCUGCACCCCCCCCCCCCGCGCCUCUCGGCCGCGGCCACCAAGGUCCUGGUGGGGCUGAUCUGGCUCCUGGCGCUCCUGCUGGCUUUCCCACAGGGAUAUUUCUCCGUCACCGCCGAGCUGCCGGGACGCCUCGUCUGCCUCGUGGAGUGGCCGGAGCCCGGCGGAGCCACGUCCGGAAAAGCGUACCAUUUCUCCAUGACCGUCCUGCUGUACCUGCUGCCGCUGCUGGUGAUCGGCUGCGCCUACGCCGCCGUCGGCCGCACGCUCUGGGCCAGCGCCAUCCCCGGAGACUCCUCCGACCGCUACCACGAGCAGGUGACAGCCAAGAGGAAGGUGGUGAAGAUGAUGAUCAUCGUGGUGUGCACCUUCGCGCUCUGCUGGCUGCCCUACCACGUGUACUUCACGCUGCAGUACCUGCGGCCCGAGUGGUACCUGCGCCGGUCCAUCCAGCAGGUCUACCUGGCCGUCAUGUGGCUGGCCAUGAGCUCCACCAUGUACAACCCCAUCAUCUACUGCUGCCUCAACGACAGGUUCCGGGUGGGAUUCAAGCACGCGUUCCGCUGGUGCCCGUGGGUCAGCGCCGGCGAGUACGAGGGGCUGGAGCUGCGCUCGGCGCGCUUCCUGCACACGCACAGCUCCGUGUCCAAGCUCAGCCGCAUGGACACCACCACCGUGGCCUCGGCGCUCGGCGCGGCCGACGAGGAGCUGGACGAGCCCAGCCGGGCCGAGCGGCUCUCCCUGGACAUGACCUCCAACGGCUCCUCCCGCAGCGACUCCAAGACAGUGUCCGAGAGCUUCAGCUUCUACUCCAACACCCCCACCUAGGGGUGUCCCCUCAGUGCCGCCCCGGUGUCACCGCCCUGCUUGUGCCGUGCCGGCGUUUCCUCUGCUGUUUUCCCGUCUCUUUUCCUUGGGAUGAGUUCUGCGUGUUCCAUUGUGGGGCUGGACACCAGGAAUGUUUCUCCAACUGCCCACUUGGAGAUGGAGGGGAUGCAGGAACGGGACAGAGCGGGGUUUUUCUCUGGAAUUCCAACACUGGCCAGCGCUUCCGUGCUCUCUGCGAAGCAGGAGGGAUCUCUUGGUGCAUCCCACCCCGUGGAAAACAACCCCACCCUGCACUUCCCUCUUCCCACCCUUCAUUUCAAUCUCCCCAUUGGAUCCCAAAAAAGGCUUUUUCCAGCUCCACAGGGAAUCAUUGGCCGCAGCGCAGAUCCAGGACUUCCCACAGGGCCUUGGAUUGUCUCCAGCAUCCACAUCCCGCUGCUCCGUGGUCUCCUGCUGCUGCUCCAAACCCGCUUAUCAGAGCAGGGAUUCCCAAAGGAUCAUCUGAAGAAUCUCCCAAAGGA